AUGGACCACCAUCCUAAGAAUGGCCGCUCAGCAUGGAUAUACGGGGCAGCAGCACUUUCUCUAGCAGUUUUUUGUUCAGGCGUUGCCUAUUAUAUCGUUGAGGAUGAUAAGAAGGUCAAACGCAGAAAAGCGGGCAAGAAGGCUGAGCGUGCUGCUUUACGAACUCUUGAGCAGAUAAAAACCGAAGCCGAGUCCGUGGAGAAAACGAUGCGUUCUAUCACUGUAGACAAAAACACGAUUCAUAACGAAGACGACAAAGCGUUCAAGCACAAAGAAUAUACGCUCGCUCAUAGUAAUGAGCUCUUGUUACGACUCAUGGAACGAUUAGACGCCAUUCGACCUUUAGUCCUUAUCAUAGGUGACGAUCCUACAAUAAAACCCAAUGAGCAUGAAGAGCGCUUAGCAGCGAACGUCAGAAAUAGAAAACGCACCAUUAUAGAGUCUAUUGAAAGCUUGUUCCGUCGAUUAGAUAUCGUCAACGCUCAACUUAAAGAGGCGGCCACAGCAAGGGAAGAAAUAAGAAAAGAAAAGGCGGCACAAUUAGAAAAGGAGAAAGAAGCUGAACGUCUUGCACUUGAAAAGGAAGAGGCUAGAAAGAAAAAGGAAAGGGAAGCAGAAGAGGAGCAAGCAAAAGUAGCACAAGAGGAAGCCCGACGACGACAACGUGAAGAAGAAGAGGAGGAACGUUUGGCUAAGGAAGCUCUAGCAAAAGAAUUGGAAAAUGCAGUAGAAAUGCUAGCGGAGAAGAACGACAAAGUGACAGAAUCUAAAGACAACAAUGAGGGUGAUGCUAAGGAAGAACAACAACAAAGUGAAGAGGAGCCUCGUAACGGUGAUGAUAAAAUACAGCUUGUAGUGGAUGAAGGAGCUCGCACUCCGGAAAGUAAUGAUUUUGAGCAUGUGGAACGAGUCGAAGAAGAAUUUGUAGAAGACAAAACAGAUGUCGACGUUCCUCAGGAUGACAUUGUGACUGGAAAUGAGCAAGAUAACCUAGAUAGUUCAGUCAUCCAAAUCAACAAAGACAAGUUAGAAGAUGAAGCAAUGGAAAAAGAUAACACAACAGAUGAAGCCAUUCAAAAUAACGAUUCUAACGAUAAAGCCAAUGGCGCUGUAACUGAAAUCGAAGCUAUCAACACUGACAAGCCGACAUUGAAGGAAGAUUUGCCAGCAGAAGAAAAAGCAUCUACGGCAGACAAUUAA